AUAUUUUUUUCUUGGUACACACUGGCCCAGUGAUAUAACCUAGCGACACUUCGGCCACAAUACAAAACUUUAUUUAAUGAAUAAACUUUUGAAUAUAGCGCAGGCAGGGCCGCGCCAGUUUGUCCGGGAAUAUGCCUUUAAGUCAGAUUUGAAAAUCAAAUGGGUGCGCCCCGAGAAGAUCGCGUGCUUCAAGCCAGAGAAAAGUGGAGAUCUUGGGAAGCUGCCCCCUCUUAAUGCCGAUGAAUUGCUGCCGGACUACAGGGACUGCAAGGAGCUGGAGAAAGCCGACGAGUUGGUUAAAUCGCAGUUUAAGCUGACCAACAAUCCCAGUUACCUGACCACAAAAUUUUAUCGCAAUGAGCUUGUAAAGGAGGUGCAAAGGCAUGCCCAGGAUUACGGGUCUAUGGAGGCCAAGUUGGCAAAAAUGACCGCUGUGAUCCGCCGUUACCAGGUGCACAUGGAUACUCAUCCGCGCGACAAGAUGAUAAAGGUGCGACUCAAGGAACUGAUUGACAAGCGCAAGAAGUUUCUUAAAUUCCUGAGACGCUGGGACUAUCCCCGCUUCGAAUGGAUUCUCGAGAGGCUCGAACUGGUGUAUAAGCCACCGCCCGCACAUUUCCACUGGAUCACCCGCAAGGAGUCCCUGCAAAAAUUGACCGACACUUAUUGUGAGAACUUAAAGGAAGAGCGCCUGGAAGCCUACCACAAGCAUUUACAGGCCCAGCAAAUUCCCUUCCUCGAGGAAGCCAUCAAGAAGAUGCAGUUCAUACGACAGGAGCAGAUAUCCUGCGACGUACCCGUAACCGUGACCGAAGAGCAGAUCGCCGACUCAGAAAGGCAACUGAAACAGCUUAAGGAACUGCAGCAAGCGGAGAUAGACGCCAACAACCAGAAACAAAACAAGGAUAGCUUCAAUUAGGCCCGAUUAUUUAAUCUUACGGUGUCUUACAAUAAAUGUAAAUGCUGAUGUUCUUAAA